CCUUCUUUUCUCCUCACACCUGCUUCCUCCGUUUCGUCUUGCGCACCAACGUCCAAAUCUCUCCCUCUCUCUCUCUCUCUCUCUCUCUCUCUCUCUCUCAUCGCGAGCUCCUCGCCCGAAAUCUCUCUCUGUAUUUCGCCAAUUGAAUUACCUUCCUUCCUUCUCGAUCCCAAAUCCCCCAAAUCUCUCUGACCCGACCCAUGGUUGAAUCCCCACCACCGAAGCCCUAGACUUCCCGAAUCGUUUUGACCCUCAUCCAAUCGAAGAUCCAGGGCUUGAUCUAGGGUUUUGUCCCCCCGUUCGAUUUUCGCGAAUCUAGGGUUCCUGCUGUUGAAUUCGACUCCGGAUUGAUGUUUCAUCUCAAGGCGGACGAUUGUGGGAUCGAUUGCUCGCGAAUUGAAAACCGAGAUGGAGGGCUAUACAUGGGUCGCCAGCUGAGAAGUCGAAACGGCGUCGGCACAUGUGGCCUGUCCCUUAUUCCAACGCCACGACUGUAGCUUCCGACCUCUCUACCGCAUCCGAUUCCUUCUGCAAAGAUGGUCGCAAAAUUUGUGUCGGUGACUGUGCACUUUUCAAGCCACCCCAGGAUUCCCUACCUUUUAUUGGAGUAAUUCGUAGGCUAAUAUUAGACAAGGAGGAACGUCUAUGUUUAGGUGUAAGUUGGCUUUAUCGACCUGCUGAUGUAAAGCUUUCCAAAGGGGUCUCGCUAGAAGCUGCCCCGAACGAGGUCUUUUACUCCUUUCACAAGGAUGAGAUACCUGCUGCAUCGUUACUCCAUCCAUGUAAAGUUGCAUUCCUUCGUAAAGGUGUUGAACUUCCUCCAGGGAUAUCCUCAUUUGUGUGCAGACGAGUGUAUGAUACUGAGAACAAUUGUUUAUGGUGGUUAACUGACAAAGACUAUAUUAAUGAACGACAGGAAGAAGUAGAUCAGCUAUUAGACAAGACAAAACUAGAAAUGCAUGGGGCAGUGCAGUCGGGAGGUCGUUCUCCGAAACCCUUGAAUACUUCGUCAUCAACACCACAGAUAAAAUCUGGUUCAGAUAGUUUACAGAAUAGCACAUCCCCCUUUUCUUCACAGGUUAAAGGAAAAAAGAGGGAACGAGGAGAUCAGGGCUCCGAACCUGCCAAACGAGAACGUUUAGUUAAAAUAGAGGAUGGAGAGUCUGGUCAGUCCAGACCUGAAAAUAUGCUAAAGUCUGAGCUUGAAAAAAUAACGGACAAAGGAGGUCUACUAGACAUAGACGGCGUUGAGAAGUUUGUCCAACUUAUGGAAGCUGAAAGUGCUGACAAGAAAAUAGAUUUGGCUGGCCGAACAAUGCUUGUUGAUGUGAUCGCAGUUACUGAUAGGUUGGAUUGCCUUGGGCAAUUUAUACAAUGCAAGGGUUUGUGUGUAUUGGAUGAAUGGCUCCAAGAAGUUCACAAGGGAAAACUUGGUGAUGGUAGUAGCCCAAAAGAAAGUGAUAAAUCUGUUGAUGAAUUUCUUUUUGCUUUGCUUCGUGCACUGGAGAAGGUUCCUGUGAAUCUUCAUGCGCUGCAGUCUUGUUAUGUCGGCAAGUCUGUGAAUAAUUUACGUAGUUACAGAAACUCUGAAAUCCAGAAGAAAGCUAAGAGUUUAGUUGAUAUGUGGAAGAAACGUGUUGAAGCUGAGAUGAAUUUGAAUGAGACAAAGACUGGAUCUAGUCGUGGUGGUGUUUCGUGGCCUACGAAGCAUGCAUCUUCAGAAGUUUCUCAAGCUGGGAGCAGAAAGACUGGAAGUUCCUCUGAGGUUGGCUCAAAAAGCUCUACUAUGCAACCUUCUGUGUCGAAAACUCCUCAGAUUAAACUUGGCUCUGGAGAAACAGUUUCAAAAUCUUCUGGUUCACCUGGGUCAACGAAAUUGUUGAGUAUAUCAUCUGGAAAUCUCUCAAAGGAUCAGAAUUUUAGAACGUUAGGUGCUGGAACUUCAGAUCUUCCAUUGACACCAAUUAAGGAGGAAAGGAGCAGCAGUUCUAGCCAGUCUCAGAACAACAGCCAGUCAAGUGAUCAUGCGAGGAAUGUGGGUUCUUUAUAUAGGGAAGAUGCAAGGAGCUCAUCUGCCGGUUCAGUUAGUGCGAGCAAAAUUUCUGCCAGUGGUUCUCGCCAUCGGAAAUCAAGCAAUGGCGUUCAUGGGUCUCCUGCCUCAGGAGUUAAGAAGGAAACAGGGCCAGGAAAAGCGUGUACCCUUAGUAGAAGUUUGACUUCUGAAAAGGCUUCAACAGUUGGAGUAUCCUAUGAGAAGCAUCCUGAAGCGCCCAUGAUUGACCAUGGAAAUAACCGACUGAUUGUCAGAUUGCCAAACACUGGUCGCAGUCCUGCUCGAGGUGCCUCAGGAUGUUCUUUUGAAGAUCCUGUUAACACAGCGUCUCCUCCUGCAGAAAAGCAUGACAACCAUGACCAAAAAUAUAAGCACAGAAGCGAUGCCUUGCAUGGUAAUAGAAUAUCAGAUGUGAACUCAGAUGCAUUUCACAGCAAAGAGGGAUUGUCGGGUUCUGAAGAUGGCAAUGUGCUACCUUUAGGCAGCGAACAAAAUAGGGCUGGUGAAGAUGGUGAAAAACGAACAGAAGCAUCAAAGGCAACUGGUUCCUCGUCAAAACUCAUUUCAAGGACAGGAAAAUCGUAUGAAGCAUCGUUAAGCUCCAUGAAUGCUUUAAUUGAAAGCUGUGUGAAGUUUUCUGAGGGUAGCGGUACUGCUUCACCUAGUGAUGAUGUUGGGAUGAAUUUGCUAGCUAGUGUGGCUGCUGGAGAAAUGUCCAAAUCUGAGAAUGUGUCACCAUCAGGUUCUCCUGGGAGGAAUUCUCCUGUGCACGAGGAAUCAUUCUCAGAAAAUGAUGCUAAGUUGAAACCACUGGGCAAAGAAACUGCUGACAUCCAAUGUCAACCUAAUGGAGGGGUCAAUAGUGGUGCAACCAAGCUGGACAGUGCUCUUGACUCAUUGCGAUGUAAGAGUGAAGCAAGACACUCUCUUACCCACCUGCCAACUAAUGGUUUUGAUGUUAUAGUUGCUUCAUAUGGGGGCAGGGAUAAACCAGCAGAGUGUAAUGCAAAUUUGAAUUGUUCCUCAAAUAAGCAACAAAGUAGCGAUGGUCAGUUCUUGAGGGCUGAUGUCAAUCCUGGUGAGUCAUGUGAUGCUUCAGCAUCGGAGCCACCUUCAUGUGCUAGAAAAGAGGGUCAUUUGGAGGCUGAAGGAUCUAACCAGUCUCAUGAACAAGGAAAAUUGAGGACUCCAAAUGAUGAAAGAACUGUCGGGAGCAGUACACCAGUUGUAUCUGAAGCAGCCUCUGGGAGUGUAAAAGUUGAACAGGACAUUGGAAUAUCUACUUGCUCAUCCUCUCAAGUGGCUGGUGAGAACCAUGAUGUCAAAAAGGAUUCAAAUAGUGCUCUACUGACAGAGCAGAAACCAUCCGUUGUAGCAGGAAAUCACUCAGAGUCCAAAGAGGGGAAGAGUGAGGAAGCUGUUCUUUGUUCGGGCUCUGGAAACACUUUACAUGUGGAGUCUAAGGGUGAACAGACAGAUGACAUUAAGGCUGCCGGUCACACUACACAAACAGGGAAAGAGACACGGGAUAUUUAUGUGCCAGAUCCGGAGGACAGCAGAGAUUUUGCUCGGGAUGCUACAGAAGGAAAUGAGGCUUUUGUUGACUGUUCCGAUCUACAGGUUUCCAAGGCAGAGUCACCGUCAAUGCCUGUUAAAGAAAAUGAGCAGCAUGACAAGUCUAGUAAGUGUAAGCCAGAAGUUAUUGAAUCAGGGAAGACAGAGGAACGGCAAGUUUCAUGUGUGAAUUCCUUGGGGUCAGAUACUGCUGUAAAGUUGGACUUUGAUUUGAAUGAGGGCUUUCCUGUUGAUGAUGGGAGCCAACCAGAGUUUGUUAAAGCAGGAGAUCCUGGAACUUCGUCCUCUGUUCAUUUUCCUUGCCCUUUACCUUUUCAAAUGUCUUCUGUGUCAGGGAGCUUCCCUGCAUCAAUUACUGUAGUUGCGCCUGCCAAAGGUUCAUUUGUACCUCCUGAAAACCUGAUGCGGAGUACGGGUGAACUUGGAUGGAAAGGAUCUUCAACUACCAGCGCAUUCCGACCUGCAGAACCCCGAAGGAAUGUGGAAGCAUCAGUCAAUGCAACGGAUGCACCUAUUGUUGAUACUGCUUCCAGCAAACAAGUCCGCCCUCCAUUGGACUUUGACUUGAAUGUGCCUGAUCAGAGAGUUUAUGAGGAAGUUGUCCAAAACUCUGCUCAUGUAAUGGGUUUCAAGUCAGAUACUCAUGAUCGGGGCUCGGGAGGGCUAGAUCUUGAUUUGAAUAGAGUGGAUGAGAGUCCUGAUGUUGGGCUGCUUGUAAGCAACAGUUGCAGGUUGGAUAUACCUCCCUUGCCAAGUAGGUCAUCAGUAUCUGGUGGACUAUCUAAUGGUGGGGUCAACGACUCUACAGACUUUGAUUUAAACAAUGGGCCAGGCCUUGAUGAAGUGGGCACUGACACAGCUCCGUGCGCCCAGCAUUUAAAAACUAGCAUGCUGCUUAGUACUCCUGCUUCUAAUUUAAGAAUAAACAGUCCUGAUUUUGGGAACUUAUCGGCAUGGUUUCCUCAAGGAAACUCAUAUUCUGCCAUCACAGUCCCUCCCAUGUUUCCUGGCAGAGGUGAGCAGAGUUAUGGUGCUCCUGCUGGGUCUCAGAGAAUUGUGUGUCCUCCCACUGGUAAUGCCUCAACUGCAGUGCCAUUUCCUCCUGCUACUACAUUUCAAUAUCCAGGGUUUCCUUUUGAAACCAGUUUUUCUCUGUCAUCGAGCUCCUUUUCUGGUUCUACUGCAUAUAUAGAUUCAUCAUCUGGCGGAGCACUUUGCUUCCCCAGCAUGCCCUCCCAGAUGGUGGGACCGGGUGGCGUAGUUUCAUCCUCUUACCCUCGACCCUAUAUGAUGAGCCUUCCUGGUGGUAGCAGUAAUGUUGGCCUUGAUGGUAGGAAAUGGGGUAGUCAUGGUCUUGACCUUAAUGCUGGGCCUGGAGCUACAGAAACAGAACGGAGAGCUGAAAGGUUGCCUUCAGGAAUGAGACAGCUUUCUGUUCCCAGUUCACAAGCCCCGGUAGAGGAACAGUUAAAGUUGUUUCAGGUGGGAGGUGCAUUGAAGAGAAAGGAACCUGAUAGUGGGUUGGAUGCUGUUGAACGAAUUGGCUAUAAGCAGCCUUCAUGGCAGUAGAAUUAUGGCACAAUGCGGCAAACCUGUCAAGGUGUGCACAUGGGGGUGUUUUGCAUUGGAAACUUACAGGAGUUGACAAGUUGUUCGCUUGAACAGUAAAAAAUGCUAAAGGGCGGGUGCAGGCGUUCAUCGCACGGAACACCAGUCCGUACCAUCUCUAACUUUGGAAACCCCUGGGGUCCUGGAAGCAGUUCUU